AUGUCGACCGCGACGACCGCCCCCGCGGCGACCAAGGAUGAGUCGCAGCCCGUCAAGAAGGGGGGCCCUACGGUCCUGCGAUCCAUCAUCGCUGGAUCUACGGCCGGCGCCCUGGAGAUUGCCAUCACGUACCCUGCCGAGUUCGCCAAGACCCGGUCGCAACUGAACCGCCAACUGGCCGACGGCAAGAAGCUGCCCUGGCCGCCCUUUGGCAAGCAGUGGUAUGCUGGCUGCACCACGCUGAUCAUCGGCAACUCCCUCAAGGCGGGAAUCCGAUUUGUCGCGUUUGACCAGUACAAGAAGCUCCUCGCCGAUGCCGACGGCAAGAUCUCAGGCCCCAAGACGGUCAUUGCCGGCUUUGGCGCUGGCGUCACAGAGUCCGCGCUGGCCGUGACGCCGUUUGAGAGUAUCAAGACGACGCUCAUCGACGAUAGGAAAUCCCCGAAGCCUCGUAUGCGCGGCUUCCUGCACGCCGUCCCCAUCAUCGCCCGCGAACGUGGAAUCCGCGGCUUCUUCCAGGGCUUCGUCCCCACGACGGCACGUCAAGCGGCCAACAGUGCCACCCGGUUCGGCGCAUACAACAUGCUCAAGCAGCUGGCCGAGUCCUACACCGCGCCCGGGGAGAAGCUCGGCGCUGUCGGCACCUUUGCGAUGGGUGGCAUCGCCGGCCUGAUCACGGUCUAUGUCACGCAGCCUCUCGACACGAUCAAGACCAGAAUGCAGAGCAUCGAGGCACGGACGCAGUACGGCAACUCGUUCCGUUGCGCGGGCAUGAUCUUCAAGCAGGAGGGGCUGCUGACGUUCUGGAGCGGUGCGCUGCCUCGUCUGGCCCGUCUCAUUGUGAGCGGAGGACUGGUGUUUACCAUGUACGAGAAGAGCAUGGAUUUCAUGGACAAGAUGGACCCCGAGAGACGGUACAUUUAG